AUGUCAGUCUUCUAUGUAUGCCAGCAUGUGACCUUUAACCCCUCCUGGCAGGCUCUGACCCCGCUAUGUGAGGACGACAACCAGUCCAUGGAGAUCAUCCACCGGCUGCAGAAGAACCUGGACAUCCUCAUCCAGUCCAUGACCCGCGUGUCCAGUCGCUCUGAGAUGCUGGGGGCCAUCCAUCAGGAGAGUCGCAUCGGCAAGGCGGUGGAGGUGAUGAUCCAACACGUGGAGAACCUGAGGAGGGUCUACACCAAGGAACACGCCGAACUGCUGGAGCUGCGAGAGACGCUGAUGCACAACGAGAGGUCUUUUGGGUCGCACACCGAUCGAGACGAGCUGCGCGGCAAGAAGCCCCCCACGUCCCAGUACUACAAGUCGUCCAGCCGGCGGGUUAGCAUCGCGGCCAUACCGCGCUCUGCUGCAGGCAACAUGCACUACGACAUGAGCAAACAACAGGAUGGUGCAGACAGUGAGGCAGAAAGAGUGACCAGGAGAGCUCCAUGGAAUGCGGCAGGCAAGAACAUGGCACGCCCCCCGCUUAAGCGCUUUGUUAGCUCUGCGGCCUGGGUUGACACCGAGGAGCCCUCUGGCGUGAUGAAGGGGACGGCGCGCCACACCUCGGACCCCCAGUGUGGCGAGGAGCCGGAGGAGCCGGUGGCGGAGAAGAGGAGGUCCAGCCUGAGCGAGCUGGGCAGCCGACUGACCUCCUUCAUCCUGCCCCUCAAGACGUUAGUGCCUCUCAAUGCGCCGCCAGAGAGGGAGGAGGAGCUCUUUGUCAUGCUUCCCAGCUCUUCCUCCAGCCCGGCGUCUUCAGACCCGGCCAUAUGUCCGUCUCUGCCCCAGGCCUUGACUUCCUCCCGGAUGGCGACGGCGGCGCGGGGUAACCGGGGUCUCUGGCUGUGGUUGGCCAUGGUGCUGGUUCUCGCAGGUCUGGUGGCGCUCCUGGCCAGCCUGGUGAUGCAACCCGCGGUGGAGGCGGCCCCUGUGGGCACCGGGGACUCCUGGGUGACCAUCCAGCAGCUUCUAUGGCCUUACGCCGGCCUGCGGCACAACGGCCAGCCCCCAGUCUAGUUCCUCCUGCGGACCGGGUGCUGCGAGUCUGGGGCGUGGCUAACGCGGAUUGGAGCUUCUUGUCAGGUUUCGCCCGACUAGUUUUUGUGUACGGCAAGCAGCUGAGGACAUUUUUGUAGUUGGCCAACAUCCUUCACAUCAUCAUGCAGGUGUCCAUCAGUAUUUCUUGGAGCCGCCGUCCUUCAAACUCUAAAUGUAGACUUUUAUUUAGGCGGCCAUGUGCCACUCAAUGGCUUUUUAAACCCGAGUCCUUUUUAUAUCACUUUUUAAGCUAAUAAUAAAAUAUUUGAAAAGAGUGUUAAAUGUAUAUUUAUGACUUUUGGAGUGGGUGAUGUGUACAUUUAGAUUUUAACCACCAUUGUGUUUUGCUGUGACGCUCACACUUUUGUAAUAUUUCCAAGAAGAGGAUUUGCAUUAAUAAACGAGCCAAUUCUGCAA